AUGAGCGUUGUCUUCACUGAAACCACGGACGAGACGGGGCAACACGCGACGUUAUCGAUACCUAUACCUCACGAGGGCUGCGUCAACGUGCGGGUGAACCUCGAAAAUGGUUCGGUUUACAUUCGCACCGUUGCAAGUUCAGGCAGUACGGCAUUAUCAGCGCCAUCUCCUUCAGAUGCUCCUCCCGCGUACAAGGCAACUUCAAAUGAGGCCUCCGACCUGGCGCCGUCCGUACCCCAGGUAUCCCCAAAGCCUCACGAGCAACCUUCGCCUGUCUGCUUCGUUUGCCAUCCACACAAUAAAGACGCAUUCAAGGCCGGCUUUGUAUGUUCCGACUACGACGCUGGCAUUGCGAUUAAGGCGGAAGAGGCAUCGAACGGUUGUGGAAGCGACCCAGCUAACUCUACUUCAAGGAAGCGCGCACCGAGAACAAGAGAUCCCCAGGACACCCGCUCCAUCUAUCGCCGGUUCAUGGACUUCAACUCACUCAACUGGCAGGUAGCCAAGUGCAUAGGCGACGGUGACUACUGGAUGGGCUUGUCUCGAAAGAUCUACAGGAAAAGGGCAGGUAUAUUUACCUUCAGAACCGUGCCGAGAACGGGCCUAUCCACUGUAGACAUUCAGAAGGCCGCCAAUUUGCUUUUCUGGGUACGGCGUAGGACAGACGAUGCGGAGGCGGUUUUGCGCAUUGAACGUUACCUCAAGUCUGUCCUCAUGCACGAAGAGUGUACUAAAGAUGUGCAAGACAUGGACCAGAAGCGCAAGAAGAUGUUGAAGGACUUGCAUGAGGAAAGAGCUGAUGGCUCAACCAGCGACGACGAUCGAUUAGCUACGCCGCGUCGAGACACCAUCAUCGUCGCCCUUGCUCAGGGUCUAUCCCACUAUACACCAUCGGACUUGAACGUUUGA